CUACGAGAGUUGUUCCCAUUGUUUGAUACACACAUCUCGGAGACGACUUCAGGACUAUGAGGCCUGGAAAUUGCGCUUAGCUAGCUACUACUCAAGACUUUACAUCGUAUGGCUGGCUAAUACAUACUCAGGAUACUCUAAUUCAUCGCGCUGUGGUUAUUGUGGCCGCCAAGGCAAGAGUCAGUCAAAACGUGAAUGCCAUCCCUCGUUUUCCAUAUCGUCUCGUGCUUCUCUUACUAUGCCAAGUCCACAUCUCUUACUCCUGAGUACUACCAGACCCUGCUGGAUCACUACUGGAGGCGCUCCGGGACGACCCUCUAUCGGCCGGACCAACUCCACGCGUGCUGCGUCCACUACACCCUUCGCUUAGACUCCACUCAAUUCAAGCCCACCCGAGAUCAACGACAAACCAUCAACCGGUUCAACAAGUAUCUAACGGGCGACGCCUACGUCAAGGAGGCAGCUCGUCUCCACCCUCGGUCACGCGAGCAGGCUAAGAAACGGGACUCUGAGUUCGACUUGAUCGAGAGGGUCCACGAGGCGGAAUACGACUCACUGCAGCUGCCUCCUGAGCCCGCCCAUGUCUUCACCGUUACCCUAGAAGACGACGUCUUCACCGAGGAGAAGUACCAGGUGUAUGAGAACUACCAGCGAGUCGUCCACGGGGAGGAGCCGACCGACAUAACUCGCCGCGGCUUCCAACGCUUUCUGUGCGAGUCUCCGGUCCAGCGCAAGACAAUCACGACGGCCGAUGGCAAGGAGCAAAAGCUGGGCUCCUUCCAUCAGUGCUACCGUCUGGAUGGUAAACUGGUAGCCAUUGGCGUACUGGACCUGCUUCCCCACUGCGUUAGCGCCGUAUACUUCCUUUAUCACGAGUCCAUUCACAAAUUUGCACCGGGAAAACUGGGCGCCAUCCGUGAGAUUGCCCUGGCACGGGAAUAUGGCUAUCGUUACUGGUAUCCCGGUUUCUAUAUCCAUAGUUGCCCCAAGAUGCGGUACAAGAUGGACUACACGCCCCAGUAUAUCCUGGACCCCGAGACGCUGGCUUGGGAUCUCAUGGACAAGAGAGUUACGGGCCUUUUGGACAAUAAGCCGUACCUGAGCUUAUCGAAGGAGAAAGACGAUGAACCGGCUGUUGAAGGAGACAAGGAUACCUCAGAUCAACCUACGGCUGGCCAAGAAGAGUCGACAGAAGACUCGAAGGACGACAAUGCCGAUGAUGAUGAUACUUUCUUGUUCAACACAGGUAUGCCAGGCAUCAUGUCACUUGACGAGGUCCGCUCACUCGAGGAGAUGGACCAUAUCAAGCUGCGUAUAGACGGCUCUGGACUUCUUUUCGAGACCGGCGAUCUGGUCACGUGGGAGCGUCAGGAUGUUGGAGUUAGCGGGUGCCUCAAGGCUGGCAUUGCGGAGUUGGUGGCGGCAUUGGGACCUGAGCUGUUGGAGGAUAUAGUGGUGGACUUUUGGAACCCCCAUCUGUGAAGGAUGGUUCUGGCUUGACUUUGCUGGUGGCCAUGUACAUCUCUACCAGUACUGCAACUAGUAUCAUAGUUGUGUGGAGCGAAUGCAGGAAUAUGGAGCGUUGAAAGCCCGGUCUUGUGUGGCGUGAUGAUUGUUUCGUGAAACUCUGGCGUUCGCGAUGUCUCGAGACUGGCCAGAGAAGGGGCAACAGUAAUACUAUCAUGAGAUUUUUC